UGUUGUUUAUCCUUUGGAGAAUACAAGGAUCGAAUGCUUAUGGCCACUCUCAUGUCGAUAAGAUACCUCUAAAAUGCCAGAUUUACUCACACCACAGGCUCUUGCUACCGCCGGUCCGCUCUUGCUCGACACCCUUUUCAAGCACUAUCUUUCUCCACGACAACAUUCGGAUGAUGACAAGAAUAAAGCGAGGGAAGACCUCAUGUACGAUGAAGCCUUUGUGCUCAUGAAGACAUUCCUCGAAAUGGCUACAAAGCAUCCUGUUGCUGCAUUGCAGCGCUUUGGCCAAGUUCGCACAUUAUCUCCACCGUGGGUCGCUGUACACCGCGUUCAAGUCCCGUUUCCUUCCCUUCAGUUGGCCGCUGAAUACAUGAUCACUGCCUUUGGGGGCGAAGAAAUGGCUUUCAAGGUGGCUGGCGGUACAAAAUGGUGGCAAGUUCGUGCCGGGCAGGGCGUCGAGGCCGAGUGGAUCGUGAUGAAGAAGGAUUGGAAAGAUGUGAUCGCAGAGGAGAAGAAGGAAAAGGGGAAGAGGAAGGGGAAAAAGAAAGAAGCUGAAGGAGAGCCUGAAGAUAAUGAAUUCUUGCCUGAGAUGGACCGUCUUCGAUGCAUGUUGUACAUUCAUGGAGGAGCAUACUACUGGGGCUCCAUCAACACCCACCGUUAUACCAUCUGGCGUCAUGCCCGUAAAAUGCAUGGUCGAUGCUUUGCUGUCAAUUACCGCAAAGCUCCUCAAUACCCUUUCCCUUGCGCGAUCCAAGACUGCCUUGCAGCCUAUCUUUAUCUGAUCAAUCCGCCCCCUGGAGCACCGCAUCGCCCAGUCGACCCUAAGUCCAUCGUGCUGGCCGGAGACUCUGCGGGCGGCGGACUUUGUUUGGCGUUGCUGCAGAUCCUGAGAGAUACACCAGGCCUGGAGCUACCUGCAGGUGCGGCUUUGCUGAGUCCCUGGUCAGAUUUAACCCAUAGUUUCCCAAGCAUCUUGCAGAACACAGCCACUGAUAUUGUUCCACCAUAUAGUUUCAUACACAAACCGUCGUCUCUCUGGCCUCCGCCUCCUCCUACCGUGACCCAGGCGGUCCAGUCUCGCUUACGGUCAAGAGUCAAAGAAGCCGCCGCUCGCGUUCGUGAUCAUGACAAGGAAGCAAAAUCCAGAGAGAGCCAUUCAGAAGGGACCAAAGGAGAUAAGCUGUAUUCGGUUGUAUCGCGAAUAUCGGCACGUUCUCAUGGCAAAGCUAACGAGGGACAUGAAAACGCCGGAGGUGAUUCCAGGAUAGAAAGCCCCAAUGCUGUUCAUGCUUCUGCCCCUACCGGUGUAGAAGCAUCUGACCCGUCUACUUCUCCAUCCUCGACGCUUCAUCCGACAACUUCCUCUCCUUCAGACCCGAAAGCUCAUCCUGCUCCCAGAGAAGGCCCGCACAAUCCUUCAUUCGCCAAUCCCGCAUCCUUAUUUUCCACUUUAGUACCACCUUCUCCUAAUGAGACACGACCCACAACCCUUGCCCAAUGCACCACUCCUCUUUAUUUGAAGGUCAAAGACGAGAAGGUUGUGCUCGAUACUCAGAUUCAAAUCUACGCCACAAAUGCGCAAUUGUGUCACCCAUGGGUGUCUCCCGUUUUGGGAUAUUUGGGCGGCUUACCGCCGUUGUAUAUCAUGUGUGGUGAUAAAGAAGUGUUGAGAGACGAAAUCAUCUAUUUGGCCCACAAAGCAGCCAAUCCGUCGGCUCAUCCUCUGCGACCCGACGUCGUAGCCCUUUUGCCUUCCCUCGAGGGUAUCGAAUCGCGCUACGGCCCAACGAAUGUGCAUCUUCAAGUCUACGACGGGGUGUGUCAUGACCUCCCGCUUUUUUCAAUGACCACAGCAGCUAGAGGGUGUUUCCGAGCUAUUGCGAGCUUUGCGAGAUACGUGACGCCGAGUACACCUGGGAGCCUCUACAUCGGGAGAAAUUCUAACGCUGCAGAAGAGAGUGAGAUAUCUACUCCUGCCACUCCGAAUACUCUCAUCACCCCCAUCGACCCAGUCGAUCCAGAGAAACACAAUAAAAUUCUUGGUGCCCCCAUGGAUUCUUCCCCCGUACAAGUUACCCCUCGUUCAUCUCAAGCCAGUCUACGUCCUCCUGGAGUUACUUCCAUGCCUUUGCGUCGAACAGAACCUUUGUUAUCUGAGAUCCCAAGCUUGUCUGGGCUCGCUAUGCACGACAAUGAUCGAUGUUUCGAGGAAACAGUUGAACUCGAAACGACCCACGGAAAAGUCGAUGGAAUGAAGGAGAAGAAGAAGAAUGAAAUGGGUAUACUACCCCUUCGUCGGAGAACGAGUCUCCCUGAAAGUUCCACCCCUUCCGGAAGCGGACCACAAAGUACAGCCAUGACUCCCACUGCUAGCGCCACCGGCGAUCAAGUCCUUGGUGACGAAACAGGCCCCCGCUUCGCCUUUGGAGCCGGUGAUCAAACGAAAAAGGAUAAGGGGAAGAGCGUGGAAUUUGAAAAGCGAGAAGAAGAAGCGAAAGAAGAAGGGGAAGAAGGAUUCUCGGGGCUGAAUGACUCGAGAGCAAAGAAGGGAGAAGCAGGUUGGCCAGGGAUUUAUCGUGGAGACAACCCUUUCACGGAUCAUAUGAUCCGCGAACGAGUUUCCAACACCGGCGUGACACGACCUCUGACUCCUCCGUCCGAGAUCCAAGCACUUACUAUGCCCCGUGAAGAGAUCGGUAAGAUUAAAGAAGGUCCUGCCAUGCGAUACAUCAACGGGCAAACGCUUUGGGAUAAGAAGUACAGAAGAACGGGAGAAAGGGUGAAGAAGAGGCGCGAGAGGAAUUUACUGCAGGCGCAUAAGGCUGGAGAAAAGAUUGGAACAGGACUUGACGGUGUCAUAAGGGAAAGUAUGAGGGCUGAGAAGGCAAAGAAGAGGAAGGAAAUCAUUAAGGAAAAGAUCAAAGGGAAAAAGUCGUACGAAGAGGAUGAAGAAGAAAGUGAAACCGAGAGUGCAGUGGAAGACGAACCAACAACUGUGAGAACCAGCAUGACUUGGACGUGGGCGUUGAAGGGUGAAGCCCCUCCUCCGAGCGCUAUCGUAUCUCGGCGUGAUUUCUCUGAAGCGCGUCAGUUGGCUCUGAUGGCCGAUCGUAUUGACUCUCCAGCAUCCCAUUCCACACCUCUACACGGGCUUAAUAUCUGGGUUGGGCUAGCGGGGUUCUUCAGUACCAGUGCAGAAAAAGAAAAGACCAAGGCGGUCUUGAAGCAAGUCAAAGAAGAAAAAGGAAAGAAGGCUAUAUCAGUUGAAGAUGAUGCAGGCGAAGUUGGAGAAACAAAGAAAAGUAGAGGAAAGGUUUGGAAAAUGUUCCGUUGGGGUUGGGGCAAGAAGUGAUAAAUUGUAAGAAAUAUAGAAAGUUUUAGAAUCAAGAAAUAAAUGCAGAUGAUUCUAUCCAUGG